AUGCCCAAGGCUCCGGGCCGCAUACCACGAGCUCGUGACGAACCGACGCAACAUGCCUCAAUCUCCACGUCAACAAUGACGCGCCCUCAAAAGCCCAAUGCCUUUGACGUACUUAUGGCGCCCAAAACGCGAGCUACUACCGAGCCCGUACGCAAGACGGGUCAUGGACCCAGACAGAACACAUGGGGAAGAGAAGGCCUGGGCGGCUAUAUUUGGGAGCCCGAUGCCUGGCAAGCCACCAGGAUCGUCAGACAUACCGAGAAAUUCGUCGUUAUUAAGGACAUGUUUCCAAAGGCCAGCGUCCACUACUUAAUCCUCCCGGUCGACAAUAGCACGGUCAUUCCACAUGAUGCCUUUGAGGACCCCAAAUUCUUGAGCGAGUGUAAGGAGGAGGUAAAGGCAGUGCGGCAUCUGGUCGCUGAGGAAUUACGCCGGCUCUAUGGCCAGUUCUCGGAAUCAGACCAGCCCCGUAUUGCUGCGAUGGAGGCGGCAGAUCUGGUUGUACCACUUCCUUCUGGCCGUGACUGGGAGAAGGAAGUCAUCAGCGGGAUCCAUGCUCGCCCUUCCAUGAGAAACCUGCACAUUCAUGUCCUCAGCCGUGACAUGGUCAACCACCACAUGAAAACCAUCGACCAUUAUCAAUCGUUCACAACGGACUUUCUCGUGCCCUUGGAGGAAUUUCCUCUCGUGCCCGAUGAUGUUCGAAGGCCCCAAGGGUUUCCUCCGGAACACAGGGACUUCCAAAUCAUUCGCAACAAAGGCAUGACUUGUUGGCGAUGCGGUGCAAACUUCAAGAAUAAGUUCGCGGACUUGAAAAGGCAUUUAGCCAUUGAGCUGGAGGAAUGGAAGCGGGAGUGA